GUCCAGCAGGGACUGAAGGUGGUGGGUUGUGCCCGCACCGUGGGCAACAUCGAGGAGCUGGCUGCCGAAUGUAAGAGUGCAGGCUACCCCGGGACUUUGAUCCCCUACAGAUGUGACCUGUCCAACGAGGAGGACAUCCUCUCCAUGUUCUCGGCUGUCCGCUCUCAGUACAGCGGCGUGGACAUCUGCAUCAACAAUGCUGGCCUGGCCCGGCCGGACACCCUGCUCUCGGGUAGCACCAGCGGUUGGAAAGACAUGUUCAACGUGAACGUGCUGGCCCUCAGCAUCUGCACCCGGGAAGCCUACCAGUCCAUGAAGGAGCGGAAUGUGGACGACGGGCACAUCAUUAACAUCAACAGCAUGUCUGGCCACCGCGUGUUACCCCAGUCUGUGGCCCAUUUCUAUAGUGCCACCAAGUACGCCGUCACCGCGCUGACAGAGGGACUGAGGCAAGAGCUUCGGGAGGCCCAGACCCACAUCCGAGCCACGUGUAUCUCUCCAGGUGUGGUCGAGACACAAUUCGCCUUCAAACUGUUCGACAAGGACCCUGAGAAAGCAGCUGCCGCCUAUGAACACAUGAAGUGUCUUAAACCCGAGGAUGUGGCCGAGGCUGUCCUCUACGUCCUUGGCACCCCCCCACAUGUCCAGAUCGGAGACAUCCAGAUGAGGCCUACGGAGCAGGUGACCUAGUAUCCUGUGGGCCCUCCUCCUCCCUCCCACCCCUCACGGCUCGGCUCCUGCCUCUGGAUUUUAGGUGUGGACUGUGGACCCCAUGGUGGUCCGUUCCCCCACCAUGGGCUAGAAAGUUUGGGGAUUUUGCAUCAUCUUGUCAAAUUGUUUGCAUUGCAAAUGUGCAAAGUGGGCUGGGAGAGGAGCCCUGCUCGGUUACCUGUCCACCUCAUGGUCCCCUUUUGAUACUCCUUGGCCUAUGUCUGCUCUUCUCAGUCACUUCCCUUUGACCUGGGAAAGAGGUUGCAGGCCUAAAGGGGGCCUUCUUCCUGUCUCCGUGUACCCAAUUUCUGCCCCUCAGGUUGGAGUGGCAGAGAAAGACCCUCAUUUUAUAUCUGAGAGGUUAUCCAGGGCCCCAGGCUUCCUGUUCCCUGCCCUCUGCUCCCACACCCCUCUGUCCCUCCUUCCCAGCUCUCCAGCCCAAUCGUGGCUUUUUGGCCCCCGGUAGGGUCAUAGCUCCACUCUGUGGCAGCAGAACACCAGGGCCUGCUCCCAGUGGUUUUCACUGUGAUAAUUA